CCUUGCUUCCGCUCCGCUUCCCAGGCUUCCUUGCCGUUUCCGUUGGCUCCUCGCUCUCCGGUAGCCAUGCCUGGGGGCAAGGGUGGGAAGCCCCGCGAGGCCGCGAACCCGGCGGCCGCGAGUGUGUCUGAAUCCGUGACCGAGCGGGUCCUGCGGGAGGCGCACUCGCUUUAUGUGCAUCCGGGUCAUGGGCUGGUUUCCAUUGGGGGGCGCCUGGGCCUGACUCUGCUCCCACCACGCCGCAAAGUGACUGUCAUGGUGAUGGGGAACCACAGUGCUGGCAAGAGCAGCUUCAUCAACUGGUAUGUUGAGGAGCACAUUCAACGAACCGGUGUAGCUAUUGAGACUCAGGGUUUCACCUUCAUCACUAGUGGAAGGAAGCGAGAAUCUCUCACGGGUAAUGCCACACUCCAUCUGUACCCCCAUUUCCAGGCCUUGCAGAGUUUCAAAGGUGUGCCAGAGUACCUGAGCACUGAGAUCUGUACCUCUAAGCAGAAGCAGUUCCCCCUGGUCACUUUCCUUGACACGCCAGGCUUGGUGGACGGAGACAUGAAAUAUCCUUUUGAUGUGGAAGGGGCACUUAUCUGGUUUGGCCAGCUCUGCGACCUCAUCCUGGUCUUUUUUGACCCCAUGGGACAGGCCCUUUGCAAACGCACUCUCAACAUUGUGGAGAACCUCAAUGAGGGGCACGGAGACAAGCUGCAUUUUUACCUCAGCAAGGCAGAUGAGGCGGGUGCAGAAGGUGACAGACAGAGGGUGCUGAUGCAAAUUGUCCAGGAACUCUGCAAGCGCCCAGGCCUCAAUAAGUGCGGGUUUGAUAUGCCCACAAUCUACAUCCCCAACUCCAAUAAGCCAAGCCGGUGCGUUAAUCAGAUCGAGGAGAUCUGCCGAACCAUCGAGAAGACCAUCAGCCAAACUGUGCAGCACACACUCAACGCUUUGGAGCGGGACUGCCACCUCAUCGAGGAGGCCACGCAGCGUUUGCUAGAAGAGGACAACGUGGCCAGAAACAGCAACUUCCGCGCUCGUUUCCGGGGAGCGCUGCUUGGGCUAGCAGGCUGCCUCCUGCCCAUCUUUCUCCUCGUGACCUUGCUCUUUGGUACAGCCUUUGCUCGCCAACUCUGGACUUUGGUAUUGGGAGAAGAGCAAAGCCAGGCGUUAGAGCUGUCCAUGCGUCCAGUUGCUUCCAUGUGGAGCCUUGUCCCUGAAGAGCAAACCUUAACAGUAUUCUUUGGUCUUCUCGGCCUCUCAAUUCUCCUCCUGCUCUUGGCCAGUUACACUUUCAGGACAAAGCCCACUCUCUCAAAGAAACAGAAGCGGCAGCUGGAGGACAGGCGAGACUACGUAGUGGACGUGGUGCUAGAAAAAAAGAGACAGCUCUAUGAGGAAUACCUUCGCCAAAGCAUCGGCGAGCAGGACCUGAGCUGAAACUCCUCCCUAAUGGAUUCAAAGAGACUGCCAAUCCCCUGCCACGUUAAUAUCUCUCCCCUCUGAGUCACUCCAGAGAACAGAGAUUUGUACAGCAACUGUGAACCGUCCUAAGGGGCCAGGGUUUUUUUUUUUAAAAAUGCCACUUCAUGGGACUCUAAUUGACUUGGCAUCUGUUCUACAUAGGUCAACUCCAUGUAUUUAAUUGGAUAGGAGUGGGCACCCUGUGUUCUUCUGAACUGGGAUCAAUCACACCAGUGGUGCCCUGCGUCCGCACUUGUUACAAGUCCUGCUAAGGCUGCUACACUUAACUUUUAAUGGGAUGGUGCCUCUGGCCUUUUCUGUGGCCUCAUGAGGGAGCAACAGCAGCCUUGUCCAGCUGCUUUUUGCACCUGAUUGAACUAUGUCACUCCUAAAUAACCAAGUUUUUAAUUGGCAACACUAUAAGCUGAUAAUGCUCUUUUACUGGCUACUAACAUCAUUUUCAUUAAGAUGGGGACCACCUGUCUUCAUGACCCUAACUUGGUACUCCCCUCCUUUGGCAAUGCAUCACCUCUGCAUCACUUCCACCUGUAACUAGCCUUGGCCCAUCCACUGUCCCUUAGGAUGACUUUUGUCUCUGUUAAAUGUCAGGUUCAGUGUCUUCUUCUUCUCCUUUGGCAAGCAAUACCUCAUACCUCUGAACAUCUCUGGAUGUUGCAUUAGGACUUGGAGAUGCCCAUGUCAUCCUCCGUCUCACACUACGAAGUGCCUUCAACUGAUACCAGCUCUUGAGGGGAAGUUAGGACAUUUUUGCCGAUAACCACUGUCCUCUCGUUCAUUCUGCAGUCCUACCUAUGCUGAUACUUAACGCUGUGAAUUCUCACCAUAACUGCAUUUUUAAUAUAAGCUAUACUGUCUCCAGCACUCAUUGUAGCAUACUGGGAGUCUCAUCCCACACAUCUAGUGGCACCUGUCUGGAAAAAAGGGGCUGUCUCAGCUAAUUUCCCUCAUAUGGGUCCCUCAGCUGCAUUCAUUGAUUCUCAGACAUCUCCGUUGUAAUCUCUGUGCCUCGUGAAAUGGCUAAAGAUAGUGUGUCCAUGAGAGACUGAUCUUGCCAUCUGUUUUGAGAUACUCCACAUAUUGAGGCAAGUGACAGUAGCAGUAACCAAUCAUGUUGUGAGGAUCAGAAACCUUUCAGUGUAGAGGGAGGUAUUUUUCUCUAAUCCCUUGCUUUAAGAGACUUGGAUCUAAACCAUGAUCCAAGAGAAAUGGCUUAAUUUGAGUUUCUAAAUUACCCUCACAGCUGCACAAAAAUGUUACAAUCGGGGUUAUAACUUCUCAAGCCCUAUCCCCAAAUGGGAUUGUGGUGGUGCUAGUCAAUGGAACAGGGGUGCAAGAGUUCAAUUUCAAUUGUCUUUCUCUCCUUACAAACAGAAAAUAGCCCAUGGUAUGUAUGCCAACUACCAACUUCCAAGUUUGUCAAGAUAUUGCUUAGCUUCAGGAAAGGAGAGGAGCCAGAAUUUAUGGCUGUGUCACUGCUAAUCGGCUCACCAUUUUGGUUCCUCCCCACCACUUUCUGAAGCUUUGUGUCUUUUGUUGGUACGAACUGAUACUAAGGCGGUGAUGGGGAAGAGGAGGGGCGUAGCCUGAAAUUCGUAAAAUGUACUCAUUAGAAGCUGUUUUAAAAUUUGCUGGUAUGAACCCCUUGCCUAGGGCUUCAGUAAAACAAGUUUCUCUUUCCGCAAUGUGCUCCAGCAAACAUUACCACUAAGGGUGGGUGUGGGGAGGAUGGCGCAUUUAAUAAAGCUCACUGUAGAAUUUG